CACAUCGUCAUAAAAAUGCUUCACAGCGGAAAACUUGUUCAGCUUUUGACUCUGGCUUGGCUAGGCGCAUUGACGAUGGCAGAAUUUCGAUGCGGUCGUCUGGAUGAAAAGCUAUUGUACACCACCAACGAGCAGGCGGAACCCUCCGAGAAUCCCUGGGUGGGCAUUCUGCUGGAGGAUCAGGGAAAUCGGUACGAGAAUACAAGGUGCUCCGUAGUUAUUAUUAACGAGCUGCACAUCCUCAGUACUGCGACGUGCGUAAAGCGCUUUAGCCAACGAUCCGGAGACACCAAAGCCGUGGCAAUGUUGGGCGUUUGGGACGAGACUGACUCCCCGGAGGAGGAGCUGUCGUGCAACGACAAGGACUUCUGUGUGCCGGGGCCUGAGCUGUACAAGGUGGUGGAGAUCAAGGUCCAUCCGCAAACGGACAAGGACACGGGGGACAACGACUUGGCCAUCCUUCGGCUGGAAAAACCAGUCGAGUGGACCAACUGGGUUCAGCCGAUCUGCUUGGAGGGCACUUCGGAACCGGAAACGCUGACCAAUCGCAACCUGCACUACACCGGAUUCAACCAUAUGGCCUCGGAGAAGGGCAAGGGGUUGGCCAUGACAGUAUCUACUCAAAAGUGCAAACAAUUGACAUCCUCCAGCGUCCUAGUACCGGUGAACCAGCUGUGCGGCUAUCCCGUGAAGAGGACCAAGUUCUAUCCGGGAGCACCACUGAUGGACAUCGAUGUGCGAGAUGAGAAGCCGCACAACUUCUACCUGGUGGGCAUUCUGGUCCGGAACGUAGAUGCCGGACAGGCUACCACUCAAGUCUAUCAGAAUGUCCGACGCGCCCGCUCCUGGAUAAUGGAAAAUUUGAAGUAGAAAGUACAACUUGUUAUGUGAAUACUCAAUAAACUAUUCAACAUG